AUGAAGUAUUUGGCAAAUCCUUUAGCCAGUAAUCAAUUAAAUAUGUUAGAAUCAUAUUGUCAAGUUUCUGGCAUAAAGUUUUUACGACCUAUUAUUGAAAUUGAUAUGCAUUGGAAUUCAACUCUAGCUAUGUUUAAUAGAUAUCAGCACUUACAUCUAGCAAUCCGUGAAAUGUUUUUAAAAGAGCCAUUGAUGCCAUCUUGCUUAGAGUGUAAAGACUUAAUAGAACUUGAAUCAUUUUGCCAACUUCUCAAACCAUUUGAAACUGCCACAUUUGUUCUUUCUAAAGAUCAAUCUAAUUCUAUUUCAAAAGCAAUAACAGUGAUUUUAGAAAUUGCAUAG